CUGAAUUAGAUAUGGAAUAGAUAACAGUUGGUUAAUCAAAGUGCGAUUAAUCAUCCUGUUAGGAAACACACACUGCACUGAGGCACAUCACCAUUUGCAUCCCUUUUCUAUAAUGUUUGUCAGCGUGGCUGUUCAGGAAUAAUAUCUGUAUAUUUAUGUAUCGUAUAGGAUUAAGAAUAAUUUGGCACUGAAAUUCCUGCAAACGGGCAAGGAAGGCUGCUUGCUGUACCCGUUCAGUUGGAGAAGGCUGUAAAUUCCUUUUGCUCUGGAUGAGUUCUGCAUUUUCAAUGAGGUUAACUUGGCAACCUUCAAGUUGAUUUUAAUAAAAAUAGCGGCUUUGAGGACAGGGAGCGGAGGCUGCCAAAUUUAGAGCUGCCGCACACAAUCCUUCUUAUACCUCCUUCAGGUCUACUUAGAACCACCAUAACACAAAGACAACAUCAUGGCUGGAUCCACGACUUGCGAAAAAGGCUAAACCUCCUGAAGAGUGCAAAGAAAAUGAGCUACCAUAUGGCUGGGAGAAGAUUGAUGAUCCUAUUUAUGGCACUUAUUAUGUUGAUUUCUCCCUUCACAUGGCUGCCCAUUUCUGUGAAGGAAUCAAGUGAAGACCGGGAGGAAGUACUCCAGUUUGUUUUGCACAAGUCUGGGUCUUUUGUAUUAAUACCGCAAGUGUAUCCGCGCAUGCGCAAACAUCCCCGGUGUCCCACGUUCUGAUUGACUGGUGUUUUGGGACAGCAGCUUGAAUGAAUGUCUCUGUCCUGCCUUUUGAAUUUGAACUGCUGGCGCCCGCCUUCACACCUGCUCUGCGGUUUUUGGGUAGGAGCACGUUUUGUGAGCCAGGAGAUUCUCUGUUGAACCUAUGGAACAUGGAUCUGGAUCCAGAGGUGACAAAUCUGCUGGAUGUGUUUGUGGCACUGGUGGAUCACCUCCUCAACAUGCAUAGUGCCCUUGCUGUGUGUGCCCACCACCAGGAAGAGAUGGCCCAGGCAUCUCUUCAGUCUGCUGUGCUGAGGAGACGUUACAGGCAGGCCCGGUUUGCCCUGGCAGCCACCCCCCAGCUCCCUCGCUACUGAGUUUAUCCACAGGAGCAGGGACUGAUGGCACAACUGUGUCACGGCUUGUUGGGAUGACGAGGAAUGGCUGAGAAACUUCUGCAUGACCAGGAAGACUUUCAUGAGAACCGUGGACAGCCUUAGACCCCCAUCUGCAGCACCAAGACAUGAACAUGCGGGCUGCAUUCCCAGUGGAGAUAAUAGUCGGCAUGGCUAUCUGGUAUCUGGCCAGUCUGAACAAUUUCCAUGAGGUGAAACAGCAGUUUGGUGUCGGCCUGUCAACUGUCACAGAAGCUGUGCAUGAAUUCUGCCUGGCCGGGAGGGUCGAACUCUUCAGGAGGGUGGUCCAUUUUGCAUAUAAUGUGGAAAAGGUCAUGGCGGGAUUUGCCCAGCUGGGCUUCCCCCAAUAUGUGGGAGCCAUGGAUGGAUGCCAUAUUCCCAUCAAGAAUCCUUCCAAUGCACCAGGGCAGUACGUGAAUAGGAAAAACUUUGCCUCCAUUGUCCUGAUGUCAGUCUGCAACCACAAGGGACGGUUCUUCAAAGUCGAGAUUGGACACCCAGGCAGGAGCCAUGAUGCCCACAUCUUCAGGGAAUGCCACUUCACCCACGCCAGGGACAGGGGUGCGUUUAUUCCAGGGAAUCUGACACUGACUGUGGAGCGAGUCGCCGUUCCCCUGCUAGUUCUGGCUGAUGCCACAUAAACAGAAGGACACAAUUUGAAAAUCCAGUUUUGGAAGCUAAAAGGAAGCUUCAACAGCGUACCAUGCCCAACACAGAACUUGGAACAAAGCCUAUGCCUGCCCAAGGUUUCCGAGAAAGCACCCCAGCAACAUUACCUAGGCCCAAUCAUGUUCACCCGCGCCCUGCUCCUCAGAGGUCUCGCAGUGUGAGUGACCUGUUUCAGUGUCGGCGGGACAGUGCCGGAGUUUACAGGCUGUAUGAAAAACCACUCUUCACCCGGGAUGCCUCACAGCUGAAGGGGACUUUCCUCAGCACAACUCUUAAAAAAAGCAAUAUGGGCUUUGGAUUUACCAUCAUUGGUGGGGAUGAACCUGAUGAGUUUCUUCAGGUGAAGAGUGUAAUUCCCGAUGGACCUGCAGCCCAGGAUGGCAAAAUGGAAACUGGUGAUGUCAUUGUCUAUAUUAAUGAAGUUUGUGUCCUUGGGCAUACUCACGCAGAUGUAGUCAAACUCUUCCAGUCUGUUCCCAUUGGUCAGAGUGUCAACCUGGUGCUAUGUCGUGGAUACCCUCUACCCUUUGAUCCCGAAGAUCCUGCCAACAGCAUGGUGCCACCACUUGCAGUCAUGGAAAGGCCUCCUGUAGUAGUCAACGGAAGACAUAACUAUGAAACUUAUUUGGAAUACAUUUCUAGAACUUCUCAGUCUGUUCCAGAUGUAACAGAUCGGCCACCACAUUCCUUGCACUCCAUUCCAACAGAUAGUCAGCUUGAUAGUACAUUCCCACCACCCGUUCACGAUGAUAAUGUAUCCAUGGCUUCUUCUGGGGCCACACAAGCUGAACUCAUGACCUUAACCAUUGUGAAAGGGGCCCAGGGCUUUGGCUUCACUAUAGCAGACAGUCCCACAGGACAGAGGGUGAAGCAAAUUCUAGACAUUCAGGGAUGCCCUGGUUUAUGUGAAGGUGACCUCAUUGUUGAGAUCAACCAACAGAAUGUACAGAACCUGAGCCAUGCAGAAGUAGUGGAUAUACUUAAGGAAUGUCCAGUUGGAAGUGAGACUUCUUUGAUUAUCCAUAGAGGAGGGUUCUUUUCACCCUGGAAGACUCCAAAGCCUAUGAUGGAACGAUGGGAGAAUCAAGGGAGUCCUCAGACAAGUUUAUCUGCUCCAGCUAUACCACAGAAUAUUCCCUUCCCACCCAACCUGCACAGGAGUUCUUUUCCUGAUUCCACAGAGGCCUUUGAUCCAAGAAAACCUGACCCAUACGAGCUGUAUGAGAAGUCACGUGCUAUUUAUGAAAGUAGGCGUCCAGACUAUAAGGAUUUGGAUGUUCAUCUUCGGAGAAUGGAAUCUGGUUUUGGCUUCAGAAUUCUGGGAGGAGAUGAACCUGGGCAGCCUAUUCUAAUUGGAGCAGUGAUUGCUAUGGGCUCAGCAGACAGAGAUGGCCGUCUACAUCCUGGUGAUGAGCUGGUCUAUGUUGAUGGAAUUCCAGUGGCUGGCAAAACUCACCGAUAUGUGAUUGAUCUCAUGCAUAAUGCAGCUCGAAAUGGGCAAGUGAAUCUAACUGUGAGAAGAAAGGUGCUACCCACAGACUCCUGGAAUCAGAAAAAUUCUCUCCAACCUGGUGCAACGCCUCCUAGCAGCUCCCCAAACACUAGGAAAAUGGCCAGUAAUCAAGGGGAAUCGUGUCCGGAGAAUGGCAGAAGUCCAGGCUCUGUGUCUACGCAUCACAGUUCUCCAAGAAGUGACUAUGCCACAUAUACUAACAGCAAUCACGCUGGAUCAAGUAGCAAUGCUACACCCCCAGAGGGGUUUGCUUCACACAGCAUGCAAACGAGUGAUGUCAUUAUCCAUCGCAAAGAGAAUGAAGGGUUUGGCUUUGUUAUCAUAAGCUCCUUGAACAGGCCUGAAUCUGGAUCAACCAUAACUGUACCCCAUAAAAUAGGCCGUAUAAUCGAUGGAAGUCCUGCUGAUCGCUGUGCGAAACUUAAAGUUGGAGACCGGAUUUUAGCUGUGAAUGGCCAGUCUAUAAUCAACAUGCCUCAUGCAGAUAUUGUGAAGCUAAUUAAAGAUGCUGGUCUUAGUGUAACUCUUCGCAUCAUUCCUCAGGAGGAGCUGAACAGCCCAGCUUCCGCACCCAGCUCAGAGAAGCAGAGCCCCAUGGCCCAACAGCACAGCCCCAUGGCUCAGCAAAGUCCACUCUCGCAACAGAGCCCAGUAGCACAGCAGAGUCCCGUAGCACAGCCAGCACCUCCGCAGCCGCUCCAGUCUCAAGGGCAUGAAAACAGUUACAGGUCAGAGGUGAAAGCAAGGCAGGAUGUGAAACCCGACAUCCGACAGCCUCCAUUUACAGACUAUCGGCAGCCUUCGACAGACUACAGGCAGCCUCCAUUAGACUACAGGCACCCUCCAGUACUAGAUUACCAGCAACCACCUCCUCUGGACUACAGGCAACCCCCUUUGAUAGAUUACAGGCAACAUUCUCCUGACACCAGGCAAUACCCCUUAUCAGAUUACAGGCAGCCCCAGGAUUUUGAUUAUUUCACUGUUGACAUGGAGAAAGGAGCCAAAGGGUUUGGAUUCAGUAUUCGAGGAGGACGAGAAUACAAAAUGGAUCUCUAUGUGUUGAGAUUGGCAGAAGAUGGACCAGCAAUAAGAAAUGGAAGAAUGAGGGUGGGGGAUCAAAUAAUUGAAAUUAAUGGGGAAAGCACAAGAGACAUGACACAUGCCAGAGCAAUAGAGCUAAUCAAAUCUGGUGGCAGGAGAGUACGGCUGCUAUUGAAACGUGGAACUGGACAAGUCCCAGAAUAUGACGAACCAAACUCCUGGAGUUCUCCCUCUGCCACCUCCCCAGGUCUGCCGGAAGUAACUAUUUCCCUUGAUGACAUUGUCGCACCAUUUUCUUCAUCACAUCUAGUCCAACCCUCUGACCCUUCCCACCAGAUGCACCCAGAAUCAACAUGGGAUAUCAAGAGGGAACCUGAUGUCAGAAAACCAAAGGAGCUUUCAGCAAACAGCCACAAAAAGAAAAGGUUAGGGGAUCAGACAGAGAAGUCUGCAAGUCCUAAAAAGGCAGAUAGAUCAAAGCAUGAAGAAGCUUCCAGAAAAGGAAGCUCUGAAAGCCAGAGUAAGACUGGUGAAAGCGGCAGGCCAGCAUUGGAAAAUAAAGUAGUGGAAGGUAACACAAUAGCCGAGACUGGAGAACGAGAUCCUGGCUAUGCUGGAACCAAUGCCAAACUCUCUGGGAGAGCCAAGUGGCAGGAAAGCAAAAGGGGAAGCUCUCUCAGCACAAAAGAUCAAAAUGCCACAGUUGCCACCGAGAAGAAAUCAGCUGCAGCUCCUGAAAACGUCAAGUUUGAUUCCACUGGUGCUACAAAGACGUACAGUAGCAAUAGCUGCAGCUGUCAUGGAAGUGACAUGGACCACAGUCAGAAGGAACCUGGCAGGAAGCCCAGCGAGUUCCCACGGAAGGGACACCUCCAUUCCAUUAACACAUGCAGCACCAACUCAACAUCCCGGAAAGCAACCGUCUCGCCGGGACCAUGGAAGAUUCCUGGCUCCAAUAAGCUACCUGGCGUCCUAAAAUCGAGCACAUCUGCUACAAGCAGAUAAAUCUGCGACUGUUGCCCUCUGUUUCUCAGUGAUGCAGAACAUCCUCACUCACUUCUGUCUCACGUUGAUUUACUUUAAUUUAUUUAACUACAACACACAUCCAUUGCUCAAAACAUUGAGAAACAGAAACAAUAAUGUGUAAUUCCAUGACAACAUGCAUAGUGUCUAAUCAGUUGAAGCAACAUGUAGUCACACAGUAUUUAAAUGUGAUCCUCAAGUUCCAGUUUCAUUUUAGAGACUUUGGCAGCUAUGGAAGAAACCAAAAUAAUAUGAAGGACAGACAAACCACAAAGAUGGUGCAGUGUAGCUUUAGUAGGUUGUUUGUCAUUGCAUGAAGGACUUGGAAUUUUCAUUCAAACUUUAUAUCAAGAAACUGGAAGAAGUUUUAGCAAUCACAAACUGGAACAUCGCCUUAAAUAAAAACUGCACGGAGCAAAGCUGAAAGAAGAGAAUCUUUUAUCUGAGUUAAAUGUUGUAAAUAAAAUUGUUCUCAACGUAUCCUGACAGGGGUUUGAUGCGUUUGACAUUGUACACCCAUGACAUGUCUCCACUGUUAACACUUUGGAAUGGGCCUCCCCCAAGCCAGUAGCAGAAGUCAUGAAACAAGGUGAGAAAUCCUGGUGGAUUAGCUGGUGCGAUACCAUUUCUACUGCCUUUUUUUGUGUGUGAACAUACCAUAUUUCUGUAUGUUGGGAAAAGAGGGGGGAAGGGUAUUUGCAAAUCUAGCUUCAAAAGCAAUUUACCACAGGUGUCUCCCAUUCCCACACAGGGAAUCCCACAAACCACACAAAGUGUCAACUACUCACAUGGACAACUGUAAUGUGUUGUUGCCACUAUGAGGAAAGGACAAUGCUUGAAAAAUGCAAUCCUUUCAGAACCGUCUCUUGCAGGCAUUAAAAAGUGUAUCAGCCUUAUUCCUUUAAUAACAUCAUACCUUUCAGUUCUUCUUCUUGAUCACAUUCUAAGAAUUCCAAGAUACAGGUCCCACAAAAAAAGGUCUCGUGUAUUCAUUUGGCUCACUUCCUGCCAUAUUUCUAUUUAUAUCUUAACUAGCAUUUAAUGUCCAAAUCUCAAGUGCCAUGAGAACAUUUCAUUCCAUGCUGAUGAGGUACAAUUUCUCCAAUGAGCUCCAUUACUCAUUACCUUGUCCCUGAGAGGUUUGCUAUUUUUCUAGCAACAUCAUCAGAAAAUAAACAGAAUAAUAAUUAAAAAGAACUUCUCAAUUGUUAUUGUUUCAAAGUAAAAAAAAAACUGUGACACUUGAAAAAUUUUAUUUGGGCAACCUCUCAUGAGACCUGGAAAUACAUUGCUCAGCAACUGGCAAAAAUCCAGUUGCUGUUGAAGAUCAGUGGAAGUUUUGAUUUGGAGAAGAGUGUGAGGAGGUGGUGGAAUGUUAGCCAUUAAGAUGAGAUUUAGUAUAAGAAAUCUGCAUCUAAUGAGUCCUCACCGACCAUUUAUUAGAGAGAGCUACUGGAGUGUAUUUUUCCUCCAGGAGUUACAGAGACGUCCUUCAAUCAAAGUUAGUUGGAAAAUACUAGAGAAAGUGUUUUGUACCUUUGAAACAAAAUGUGUAUUUUAAGAGGUAUUCCCAUUAUAAUUUUUUAAGAAAGCACAAAUAUAUGUAGCUGUUUACAAGAUACAUUAUAUAGAGUUUUUAAUUAAAAAUUAUAGAUAUAUCUUUAUUCCCCAGCCUAGACAUUUGUCAUAAUUUGCCGUUAAUUUAUUAAAUCUCAAAUUUUGGGACAUUAUUCCCCUACUAUAAAUGCACGUUCAACUAUGUUAUUUCAUAGAUAUAAAGAACAGAAAACAAUUGAGAUUAUGCUUGCAUAAACUCCAAUUUGCACAGUUCCCAGCGACUCCUUGUGCAGUAAUUGCUUUCUGCAGCUGUAAUUGAUGACCUGUGAAGAUGGCACAUCAUCUAAACCCAUUCCAGAUAAUAUUUCUGUGUAGUGUUAGCUGUGAAUUUACCUUGUACAGCUCUAUUGCUAUAAAUAUAAUUCCAUGUAUUAAUAGUCACAGAAAGGCUGUAAGUGAGCAACUAUUUUUAUGAAACGCACCACUAUGGAUAAAUUAACUUUUACAGAAAUCUUGUUUACUGUAUGAUAUUCUAAACCACUCAAAUAAAAUAUAUAUCCAAGAA